CACCGCCCACCAUCCUACUCUUCGACGGAAAGAAACUCAAUCAUCUCUACCUUCAACUCUCUUCCGUUGCUCUUCUCUUCUUCUUCUUCUCCUCAAGGACACGUACUACGGAAACUAUUGUAAGGCCAUGGCUAAGAAGAAAGUGGCGGCGUUGCCCGGCCGCGCAUGGAGGCAGUUGCGCUUGGCUCUUCUGUGGGUGCGCAAGGGCGGCGUGUUCAAGCGUGGCAUAUUCCUUGGCCUCCGCGUCGUCCCCGGCUACCUCAAGAGCCUUAAACCCGGUGGCCGCCGCUCCGACAGGCUCCACUUCGGAGAGCGCGAGUUCUCCGUCGAGGAGACACCAGCUUUCCACUUCAAGACGCCUUCCAUGCGGCUUCUCCGCAUCCCCUGCAUCAAUCCUGACGCGGACUUGGAUACGGACGACGACGAUCUCAUCUUCGCCAAGCUUGACAGGAAUGCUUACUUACCGGAUAAGCAUGAGACGAAAGCGGCGAGCGAGAUCGGCUGCGAGGAUGAUGACGACGACGACAAUGCGGUACUGGAAUGCGAGGAUCAUGCGGAGAUGGAGGAAGAAGAUGAGAUCGACAGAAAGGCGGAACAGUUCAUAGCAAAGUUUUACCAACAGAUGAAGAUGCAGCGCCAGAUCUCAUUGCUUCUGUACAAUGAGAUGCUCCAGAGAGGCGUAAAUUGAUUUUCUGUUCAUAUAUUUUUUAUUUCAUAAAUAUAUAUUGAUUUUCUGUUCA